AUGGACCCUAAGAACCUUCAGAAGCAACGGGAGCCAGAGGAGCCGCGUUUUCUCAGUUUUCCACAUCUUCCAGACGAUGCGAAAAAUGAAAAUGGCCAGCCAGCACUCAACAAGUACUCGUCCACGCUCACCACGGGCCAUAACUUCCCUGGAGCACAGGCCAUGCUCUAUGCCGCUGGGGUACCCUCACGAGAAGCAAUGAAGACGCAGCCUCAUAUUGGUAUAGCAUCUGUUUGGUGGGAAGGCAAUCCAUGCAACAUGCACUUGCUGGACCUGGGCAAAGAAAUCAAAAAGCAUGUCCAGAACGACAAUAUGCUUGCGUGGCAGUACAACACCGUCGGUGUCUCGGAUGGCAUCACAAUGGGUGGCGAAGGAAUGCGCUUCUCUCUCCAAACGCGUGAAAUAAUAGCUGAUAGCAUUGAGACCGUUACAUGUGCCCAGCACCACGAUGCUUGCAUAGCGAUUCCGGGUUGUGAUAAGAAUAUGCCAGGAGUCAUUAUGGCAUUCGCAAGACACAACCGCCCUUCGCUCAUGGUUUAUGGCGGUUCCAUAAUGCCGGGCUACUCAGAGACACUCAAGAAGCCCAUCAACAUCUCUACAUGCUAUGAGAGCCACGGCGCAUACAUAUAUAAAAACUUGAAGAGCGCGAGUGAGGGUAAAUUCUCACCAGAUGAGAUCAUGGAAGACAUUGAGAGAAAUGCAUGCCCCGGUGCAGGCGCUUGUGGUGGCAUGUACACGGCAAACACCAUGUCUACGUCAAUCGAAGCAAUGGGCCUUACUCUACCCAACUCGUCCACUACGCCUGCGACCUCUCCCGCCAAGAUGCGCGAAUGUGCCAAAGCUGCUGCUGCCAUCCGUGUGUGCAUGGAAAAGAACAUUACACCGCGCAAACUUCUCACAAAAGCAUCUUUCGAAAACGCCCUUGUCAUGAUGAUGGUGCUGGGUGGCUCCACAAAUGCCGUCUUACAUCUUCUCGCCAUGGCCGGCACAGCGGGUGUUCCCUUGACUCUCGACGAUUUCCAACGCGUCUCAAACAAAAUACCCUUUCUCGCUGAUCUGGCUCCCAGUGGCCGUUACAUGGCAGCCGAUCUUUUCGAGAUUGGCGGCAUGCCCUCUGUUAUGAAAUUGCUCGUCGCUGCUAAGCUACUCGAUGGUUCCAUUCCCACUGUGACCGGAAAGACACUUGCGGAAAACAUCGAAGGAUACCCAUCUUUGCCCCAAGAUCAGACCCUCAUUCGCCCUCUAAGCAACCCAAUCAAACCCACUGGCCAUAUUGAGAUUCUCCGCGGUAACCUCGCACCCUCUGGUGCCGUAGCAAAGAUUACAGGAAAAGAAGGCUUGAAGUUCACGGGUAAAGCCAUCGUCUUCAACAAAGAGCACGAGCUGGACAGCGCGCUCAACCAAGGCAAGAUUCCACACGGCGAGAAUGUAGUAGUAGUAGUGCGCUACGAGGGUCCCAAGGGUGGCCCCGGAAUGCCGGAACAACUCAAAGCUUCGGCUGCCAUCAUGGGUGCCAAGCUGACCAAUGUCGCCUUGAUCACGGACGGUAGGUAUUCUGGCGCAUCCCACGGCUUCAUCGUGGGUCACAUUUGCCCCGAGGCGGCUGUAGGCGGUCCCAUUGCGGUUGUGCAGAAUGGCGACAUGAUCACGAUUGAUGCGGAAAAGAACAGGAUAGACAUGGACGUGAGCGAUGAGGAGAUUGAGAAGAGGCUGAAGGCGUGGGUGCCGCCUAGCAUGCCAGUUACGAGGGGUGUGCUGGCCAAGUAUGCAAGGCUAGUAGGCGAUGCUAGUCACGGCGCCAUGACUGACCUUUUUUAA